CUUACUGCUAGUUCAUUAAGAAGAAAAUUAGCUCUUUGUAAAACGCACGAUUAAAAGUGUCGAUUUAUCUUCUCAAUACACGUGGAUAAGCUUUGUGCAUAGAACAGAUUAACUCGACGAUUAAUGCGCAAAAAGGCAUAAUUGAUUGCUCGCGUGAGUGCCUAUUCUGUAUUUUUGUGUGUGUUUACUUAAACAUUAUCAACUGAAGCCACAAGGAUAAGAAGCUACAAGCUCGAUAUUCCUCCGUACACAGCGCAUUCAAUUGGCUGAAAGUGGUCAGGUGACGCUGUCAUAUUGUCCUUCCAUGAGCCAAGCCUUGGCUAUAACACUUGCUUUGCGCGUCUUAACCGGAGACUGGAAAUUAAUAUUAUUGAAAUCCUUCUGAAGUUCGUUUGAAAGAGAGUUAGGAAAGAAGGCGGGAGACGCGUGUAUGUGACAGAAGGAAGCGGACCCCAAAGCACAAAGAAAGUGCGAGAUUGAGAGAGGGGAAAUAAGAUAGGAGGGUGAGUUGAUGAGAGGGCGAUAGGAAAGGUAUGAAUUCGUAUUUCGCGAACCCGUCGCUCUCGUGCCAUUUAUCUGGUGGGCAAGAGGUUUUGCCCAACAUGCCACUGAACACGACCACAUAUGAUUCAGUCAGACAUUUUUCGUCUUAUGGCACCACUGUGACCCAAAACCGGAUUUACGCGUCCCCUUUCUAUUCACCUCAAGAUAACGUUGUGUUUGGAUCAAGUCGAGGACCGUACGAGUAUGGAUCUAACGUGUUUCUUCAAGAUAAGGAUGUGCUUCCCAGUUGCAGGCAAACUAGUAUGGGACUAAACGCGCAGAGCCACGUUGCCCAGGAGUACAACCUGGAACAAGCUCGUGCAGGAACACAGGAACAGAAAGGGAACAACAUUCAGAUCUACCCGUGGAUGCAGCGCAUGAACUCGCACAGCGGUGUUGGGUACGGGUCAGACAGAAGGAGAGGUCGCCAGAUCUACUCCAGAUACCAAACCUUGGAACUGGAAAAAGAAUUUCACUUCAAUCGGUAUCUGACCAGGCGCAGACGCAUCGAGAUCGCCAACGCUCUCUGCCUAACCGAGCGUCAAAUCAAAAUCUGGUUCCAGAAUCGGCGCAUGAAGUGGAAGAAAGAGACCAAUCUGACUUCUACUGUACCGGGGAGCGAAUCAACGGGCGCUCCUCAAGAGACCGAGAAGGAGACCGAGGAGGAAACCGAGGAAGCUAAAAAAAAAGAUUAGGAAGUCCAUUUCUCGUUCUCGAACGCCUGUUAACUGCAACGUAACUACCUAAACUCUGAGAAUUUGCAAAUAUUAAUGCAUGGACCGUAUACUCCGCUAUUCCUUUGACUGCCCCCUCCUCCUCCUCCUCCUCCUCCUCCUCCGACCCCGAAUACCGUACACGAGCUCUACAACAGCCACCACGCCACUAACAUACACACACGUUGAAACAAAUGGAGAGAUUGAGAGAAAGAAAGACGCACGUGUUAUCCACCGUAAUGUAACUCACGUCUCUUUGUAUUGAAAAUAGCUCCUUAUCGGCUGCGUGGUGACAACGCCACAGAUGAACUUUUUGUGUGGUUCUAGUAUUAUCAUGUUGCUAUAGGCUAGUAGAAAUUACAUUAGAUGAAAAUGUAUUCGAAUUUGAUAAGUAGGCUACGUCUCCCCAACUAUUAAGCCUCUGAACAGUACCCUAAGCAUUCCAGAAGUGAAGGAAACUUCUUAUAUGCACAUUCAUUUUUUUGUGGAUGCAUAUUUGUACAAUGAAACAAGCACUGACGGGAUGAACUAUACUACCUAAAUCCUUAAUGCAUUUUUUUUUUCCUUUUUAUUUUUUCUUGAUAUUGCCUUUGCCCUGUCAGUGUUCUGUCGUUCAAAACGCCGCCGUCCCGGCGCAUUAACUAUUGAGAGAACUUCAAAAUCAUACAUUUCAUCAUACUUGUAGCUGUAUGCAUAUAAACUUGUCUUAAAGUGAGAAUCACACCCAUAUGAAAACAAACGUAUAUCUUGUUACGCAAUUAUAUUGUUUGUGUAAACUGUGUAUUAUUUAAUAAAAUUCAUGAAA